AUUACCAUGGAGCUACCGUCAAUGAUAUGCCACUGAGAUAGCCCUUUUCAAGUCCAAGAAUCACAUUUUGAACGGGGAUAUGAGUGCUAGCGCGCGAAUGCGCCAGUGUAUUCGUUUUUUCGUCAUCCAACACCACUUUUAUGGCGGAAGACUAUGAAAGGCCAACGCUUGCUUCAGCCCGAUGUUUGGCGAAGAGCGAAAUCUGGCAGUUAUUUGUCCUCACGUUCGAAAUACUUUGGCGCAUACAUCCACUUCGCCGUUUGCCUGUCUUCAGUCGCAAUACAGCGACUUCAGAGCCCUAUAAGAUGAUGCUUUUGUUUGAGAAGGAGAAUUUCGGUACUGGACCGUUCCGUCGUUCCGUCGUUCUGCCGUACAGUGAGACGCUGCGGUCGACGCGGUUUCUGCUAUGUAAUUUGGGCCUUAGAAAUGCCAACGAAAAUCAGGACAUGAUGCCCGGACGUUCUGAUGCCAGCUUUGUUAUGGGAACAAAUCUCCGUUAUGAUCCCAUAAAUGUUUUCGGGUUCAGUAUUCUCUCCCCGAGCGUGCAGAUGUUGACAGAACAACGAACAUUUCAAACGUUGCGACGGCCCGGUCUGUGUAUGAAGGAACAUCCAACUCUAAUGAGAAGUUACAACGACGAAGCUAAAACUUAAACGGCGAUCUAGACGGAAGAUCUUUGACUAUGUGAAGUCGAUGGGUGCUAUUCGGUCCCCCCUCCGACUCCAAAUCGGCGGUUUCAAAAA